AUGGAUUCUAUGACUGUUGUUCAGCUUAUCAAGCAACAUGUUCCUAGUUGUCUUCAUCCUUGUACUGGGGUGAUUGCAAGUUGUGUUGCUUUGAUGAGUAAGUUUGAGUUUGUUGAGCUUACUCAUGUUUAUAGGGAAAGGAAUGCUGCUGCAGAUUGUUUGGCUAUUGAGUCUGAAUAUGGAUUAGGGGUCUGCUAUUUUGAUGAAGCUCCAGUUUGGAUUAGCUCUAUUUUGAUUGAUGAUUUGUUGGGGCCUGUGAAGCCUCGGAUGAUUAGUGUUGGCUAG